AUCACACCCCUAAUAUAUCCUCCUUACAUUAUAUAUUUUGCCGAUUAGACCGUACGUAUAGUGAUGAAAUGUAUUAUAAUAUUUCUACGCAGGCGAUUCACUUUCCACGCUGCCUCGUACGGUCCCUGCUUAAUAUCCCGACAAUUAUUACGAAUCGUGUGACAUUCGAGCGGCGAGAAAGUGAAAAAAGCACUUAUCUCGAGCCAGGAGGCAAACACAAUACCGAUUAUUCAGAGCGCCAAUUAAAUUUCUCGACUUUCCCUGAAAUUUUUCUGCACACCUGUGUGUACACGCCCGAGUUUAAUCGCAUUGUCAGCAUUGAGCCACUGUGAUUUGCCGCUUGGUAUGCAGACCGUGCAAACGGUGUUUCUAGGUAUAUUAGACUUGACACCUCGGACACGCGGGAGUUAGUUGACGUCAGUUUUCUGCCCGGUGAGAUGCGCGCUACGCCUUGGAAAAUUCAUUCGAGGGAAGAUUCAUAAAGGAGCGACGUAUAACGGCACUUGAAGCUUCUUUCUAAACGAGACUCGCGCGCUUGGGUCCCCAAGAUGACCGGAAAUCGAUCGUCGAUCGUGCUCUUGAUAUGCUGCAUCGCGCUAUGCGUUCAGGUAGACGCCUGGAACGAUCGCAGCAGACACAGACUCGCGGAGAGAAGACGGUUGUGGCAGAUGAAUAACAAUCGGCCCGCCGGCGCCGCCUCGUUGCAGGGCACGACGAGACGCAAAUGGGAGUCGGCGAUGUUGCAGGGCAACAAUCGCACUCAGGUCGCCAGGGAGAAAAGACUCUUCUCGCUGUUCACGCUGGUGAAGUUCGACAACGGGAUCUGCGGCGGACUGAACGGCGAGAACGGCACGUGCGUCGCCGCGGCGGAGUGCGCCCGGCGUGGCGGCGUGUCCAGCGGCGUCUGUGCGAACGGUUACGGGGUUUGCUGCAUAGUCACGGUGUCCUGCGGCGGCAUGACUGCCGACAACAACACGUACUUCGUCAAUCCGAAUUACCCAUCCACCUUCGACGGCAUGGACUCCUGCCAAGUGACGCUGGUCAAGUCCCAUCCGGACGUGUGUCAGUAUCGAUUGGACUUUACGCAAUUCAACAUUAGAGGCCCGGAGGCGACGAACAACGUCUGCACCUACGACCAAUUCAUCGUCUCUGGCGGUAAUCCGGUGCCGAUCAUUUGCGGCAACAAUAACGGAAAUCACAUGUACGUGGACACGGGCGUCGGACAAACUAAUCCGGUUACCCUGACCUUCGUUACGAGCGGCAACUCGUUUCCGCGAUCGUGGAAGGUCCGUAUUUCCCAGAUACGAUGCAGCACGAUCUACCGAGCCGAGGAAGGCUGCCUGCAGUAUUUCACCGGGGUGUCCGGUCAGAUAAAGUCUUUCAACUAUGAUCCCACGACCGGGCUGCAGCUAUCGAACCAGGAUUACAGCAUAUGCAUUAGGAUGGAAAGAAACUUCUGCGGAAUCCAGUACAUGGCGUGUGCUGAGGACGCUCAAGGAUUGAUGAUAGCCAGCACGGCGGGCGCAACAGGUCAGAUAAUGCGCAGCAAUGCGUUCACUCUGACGGGGAACACGCAAGCCACGCAAAUUGCGUCGAUGACGGGAACGGCUUGCAUGACCGAUUGGUUGGUGAUACCGUGCGCAAUGAAUUUGGGCCGGCUACCUACGACGCCGAUGAUCUGCGUUGAUCGAUUGUGCGGCGGUACCUUUAAUGCCGAGCCACAGAACUUGAAUGGAUCGUCCGUCAUUAGCACCGUCAAACCGUUCAGAUUAAUUUUUCACACGGACAGUACGGAAGCACCUAGCGACAUCGGGAACAGAGGUUUCUGCCUCAAUUACGUGCAACAACCAUGUACGACGAAAUUGAAGUGAAGGCCAUCGUUUAAAUGUAUCAUAAAAGAUAUCAAAGCGGAGCUUUGUGGAAUCUCAAGUUUUAUUUCGGAACUUUUAAUACACAUAUUUUUCAACUAUUUAUCGACACAUGAAGGAGUUUAUUUAAAAAUCAACGGAUAGUCCAGUUUUACGAAAAACGUGCCGUCGUACGACUCAACCGAAAGACGUAUCCUUUUCAACGAUCCAUUGAAUUUAUUAUAUAUUAUAUCACACGCAUUUUCUUGUAAAUUAAAUAACAAUCGCUUGUAAGAGAGAAAGAUAUUUUUCAAACUUUUGCCAGAUACCGUAUAUUUAUAUAGAAUUAAUUAUGAGAGGAGAAAAUAAAAUAUUGAAAUAUAAUAUCUAUGAAAAUAUUAUAAGAAUAAUAAGAAAGCAACGGUGGAGACUGGUAAUUGUUAUAAAAAUUAUAUCGUGCUCAUUAUUAACCAGUUUGGUCGCUCAAAUGUACAGAGUACUAGCGGCGGAUUAUUACGAUUAGAACAUCUACAACUAUCACGAACUUUGUCGAUCCCUAACGUCUACGGAGAUUGAUGGUAGACUGAUUAGAGGAGAAUAUAUAUCGUAUAACUUAAAUCUCAACGCUAUUGACAAAUGUGUACAUAUGCAUUUAUACAUUUAACAAAAGCAGAGGUAGCUGACUCCGUUUCAUUCUUAAAAAAUACAAAAUUCCGGGAAUGCUUAGAAAUGGUGUGGAGCGAAAUACACACACACACACACACGAGUAUAUAUCUAUGUGUGUAUGUAUAAUACGCAGAGGAUGCACCAAAUGACGCCAUUUUAUAUACGAUUACUCACGAAAUUGAUCAAACAGUCAAAUCCAAGUAGAGAAAACGAGAAUAAAUAUAAAACAGAUUUUUAUAAUAUAUAUUUUAUUUGAAAAAAA